UACUGGGGGGGGCCGGGAGGGCCGGAAGCGGGAGGGGCCGGAGCGGCGCGGCCGCGCCCCUCAGUGACGUCACAUCCGGCACACGUGACGUCACCGCUCUGCGCCGCGGAGGGAGCGCGCGGGACGGCGCCGGGAUGAGCAGCGACCUGGACGUGUUCGUGGGGAACACGACGCUGAUCGACGAGGAGGUGUACCGGCUCUGGCUGGACGGGCACUCGGUGGCCGAGGCGGUGGCGCGCCGCCUGCGGGGCGGCGUGCUGGAGCGCGAGGGCACCUCGGUGGCCGUGCUGCAGAGCGACACCCGCGACCACUACAGAACCUUCCAGAUGCUGGAGCGGCUCCUGCACGCGCCGCCGCGCCUGCUGCAGCAGCUGCUCUUCCAGAUCCCCCCCGAGCGGCAGGCGCUGCUCGUGCAGCGGUACUACGCCUUCGACGAGGCCCUGGCCCGGGAGCUGCUGGGCAAGAAGCUCUCCAAGGGCACCAAGAAGGAGCUGGACGAGGUCAGCGCCCGCACCGGGGUCGGGAUCCGCAGCUGCCGCCGCCAGUUUGACAACUUCAAGAGGGUCUUCAAGGCCGUGGAGGAGCUGCGGGGGCCCCUGGCCGAGAACAUCCAGCAGCUCUUCCUGCUGCCCCCGCCCCUCGCCCGGGACUACGCCGCCAUCGUCUUCUUCGCCAACAGCCGCUUCGAGACCGGCAAGCGGCGCCUGCAGUUCCUGAGCUUCGGCGACUUCGCCGCCUGCGCCCAGAGCAUGAUGGCACACUGGAGCCAGGGCGCCCUGGCGCCCGAGGCGGCCGAGCCCGACGGGGACCUGCCCAAGUCCUUCCUGCAGGACCUGAAGGAGCUGAAGGUGCUGGUGGCCGACAAGGACCUGCUGGACCAGCACAAGAGCCUGGUGUGCUCGGCCCUGCGGGGGAAGAUCUCGGUCUACAACGAGCUCGAGGCCAAUUUCAAGGCGCUGUCCCGGGCGCUGGUGAACGUCGGGGGGAAGUUGACCCACGCCCGCGACGUUCGGGAUUUCUUCGUGGACCUGGUGGAGAAGGUGAUCGAGCCCUGCCGCUCCGACAAGUGGAGCCCGGGGGACCUGCGGCUCUUCCUGACGCACUACACGGCAGCCCCCCGAAACCUGCCGGGCUUCAGGCACCAGGCGCUCUGGGAGCGCUACAUGGCCGCCAUCACCGCCUGCCUGCUGCGCAUGUACCACGACUGACGGCGAACGGCGCCCCGAAAUCGGGCACGGCGCCCCGAGAACGGGCACGGCGCCCCAAAAACGGGCACGGCGCCCCGAAAACGGGAACGGCACCCCGAAAUCGG